UAUUCCACGAUUUUUCACCGUUUUUAUUCAAUCGUUUUUGGGCUUGAUUUGGUAGUUCUUUGGUUGAAAUCAAGUUUUUCUGAUAUUGUUUAUGGAAUGUUGAUGAAGUGAAGAAUCGAUCAAGGUGAUGUGACGUUCUCUCUGGUAGAACUGUUUGAAUGCUGUUUUAAAAGGAAGAUUUUUGAUCGAAUUUAUAUUCCUUUUAAUCGUCACUGUUGCUGUUGGUGAGGGAUUUGUACGAUCUUCUUCCGAAAGGGAACUUGGCGGGUAAUCUCUGUGAUUGGCGAUCGAGGGAAGAGGGUUUUAGUUUAGGAUUAGCACUUUAUCGAUGCCGGAUAAUUGGCAGGUUCAGAACAAUGGUGUAUCCACUUCUUCUAAUGCCUCUGCUGAUAACCUGGAAGAGGCCAUGUGGCGCUUGAAAAUUCAGACCAAUGAUAAUCACGAGGGAGCUGCUGCAUACUCAACUCCUUAUCCGGAUCGUCCUGGUGAACCUGACUGCAUAUAUUACUUGAGGACAGGGUUAUGUGGAUAUGGAAACAAUUGCCGUUUCAACCAUCCUGUUUAUCCUGGGCAGCCAUUCUGUUCCUGCAGGAUGCUCAAUACAGAGGUGAACUCCCUGAACGAGUUGGACAACCUGAUUGCCAGUAUUUCCUGAAGACAGGAACAUGCAAAUUUGGAGCGACAUGUAAGUAUCACCACCCACGUGAGAGACAGGAUGCAGGACAGGUCCCAUUGAAUGUUUUAGGUCUACCUAUGCGUCAGGAGGAGAAAUCUUGUCCAUAUUACAUGCGAACUGGGUCUUGUAAAUUCGGAACAGCUUGCAAGUUUCAUCAUCCCCAGCCUACAGCACUUGGGGCUGUGUUACCUCUAACUGGGCCAGCUACAUAUGGAUCUACAGGUUCAUCAGGAGCUCCUCCAUCAGGCUUACCUUAUGUAAGUGGACUUCCAGCAUGGUCUUUACCACGAUCACCAUAUUUAUCUGGUCCACGUGUACAAGGUCCUCAUGCCUACAUGCCUGUUGUUCUUUCUCCUUCCCAAGGCAUCAUGUCUACUCAGCAAGGAUGGAACACAUAUACGGGAACCAUGAGCCCUGUACCAUCUACGAAUGUUCUUGGAUCCAAUCUGGUUUAUAACUCUAGGACUCAGGGCGAGUCAGGUUCUAGUGGGCAGGUGCACUUUUUAUCGACAUCCGCCUCACAUUUCCCUGAGAGACCUGACCAGCCAGAAUGCCAGUAUUACAUGAAGACUGGAAGCUGUAAAUUUGGACCCACUUGCAAAUACCAUCAUCCAAAAGAGAGAAUUGCUCCAUUGGCUACAAAUACGCUGGGUCCCUUUGGCCUUCCCCUUAGACCUGGCCAGGCUAUUUGCACAUUCUACAGUCUGUAUGGAAUCUGCAAGUUUGGUCCAACUUGCAAAUUUGAUCACCCUGUGGCAGGAUAUUAUAACUACAGCAUGAACCUGCCUGCUUUGUCCUUACCAGAUCAACCUCUCUUUCCUUACCCGAGAAACUCACCCAUGGUCCUUUCAUCUGAAACUUCUCCGACCAAGUCAUCAAGGUUGCCAGAUCGGAUCAUAAAAUCUGAGGCUACAAGCACCAAACACCAGAAUCUAGAUGUGAAAGCUUCUGAAGAUCCACCACAAGAAGGAACCUCUCCGGUACACAAUUCUUCAUCUUCUUCAGAAAUUCGACAUGAGCAAUCUGAUUAAACCUCUCUCCCCCCCCCCCCCCUUCUCCCCUUUUGUUGGGUGUUUUGUUCCUCUGAAGGAAAAUUUUCGCACAUGUGUCUCCUCUCCCCCACUUUCACCUGCGAUUCUGUGGAGUGGGUUAGGCUAUUUGGAUAUAUAAGUGGUGGGUGUUGGCAGGAGGCAUGGAUGGCUCUUUUUUGGGUGGUGAAAUAAAAAGCAGGUGAAAUUUGUAUGUGCUUUAUUUUUUCCUUCAUUUUUAAAUUUUCUGUUUUCUACAGAUGAUGUUUAUUUGUCUUGACGAGAAUCUGUAACUGUUUGUAAUGGAAUGCCGAAAGAUGAGGAAGUUUGGCAUGUUUAGUGGUGCCACCUUUUAUUUA